UCUAAUUCUGUCCGUCCGGGAUUUAAACCCUCUAUCUCUGAGCUCAGCCGUUAGAUCAGCACUGAGCAUAUCCAGUCCAGAGCUACAACUCUGAGAAAUUUCACAAGUUCAGAGCAAGAAACCAAGAAAUACAGAGAAGAGGGCUUGAUUUUUAUACAGGAUACAGCAACAGUACCCAGUGUUCAGCUUAUCUAUCUUUGGAUUGGGAUGAAGCCCCGAAGGCUCCGUGGUUCCGUGGACCUCCUUCCCACCAUCACGGAGCUCCAGGAGAGUGAGUCCCAGAUGUACCUCACCCAGAGCCUGGACGAAUACAUGGACUCCAUAAGGGAACUGUCCCAGCCGGCCUACCCCCUCAGUGGCCCCCUGCAGGGCACCCGGCUCCCCACCCCACGCAUGGCCAGGUUCCCUACUAUGGCCUCCGCCCACCACAGGACAUCUUCAGCUUGCAAGCACUGGGCUCCCAUUGGUCCUGACAGCGUGUCGCUCACCCUGGUUCUGAGAUCCGACACAAGGGCGGCGGCGUCCCCAAACCAGGACCCCCUGGACUGGCUGUUUACCCGAGCCCAGAGUGGAGGAGGGGGUGCCUUAGUGGAGGAAGGGGCAGAGGAAAUCUGUAUGAUAUGAGAGGAACCACUAUAAAAUCUACUAAACAUAUAUAUGUUUAUAUUUAUACUAUAUUUAUGUAUGUAUUUUAAAAUAAAGCUUAUAUAUAUAUAUCUAAAAAUACACUUCUAUUGUAUUGUAUGUAAAAAUAUAAAACCCCUAGAAAAAUCAGAUGAUAUCUUCUCCUACACUUCUACUGCAAAAUCUGCAGGAAUUGUGGGAAUAUUCAAGCUGCAUGAGACGGAUUAUCACAGGACACCAUGACAGAAUUUGUCUUUAAUUAUUUGAGAAGUGUUAAACACAACAUCUGAAGUUAAUCAAGCAUAAUUACAUGAUUAUAGCACUUUGACCAUUAAAGAACAGGGUGAAAAAACAUAAUAUUGUAUAAUAUAAUAAUGUAUUCUAAGAAACAGAUAAAGAACUAUAGCCUGUAAUUAAAAGACCAACAAAGUGUCCUGUAUGCUCAAUGCUGAAAAAAGCUGAAAAUAUGGAUACUGUGUGGGUGUAGAAAUAAGGGUCGCAACAUAAUGUUAUGCCUAAAUGUGCAUAUUUUUAAAUGACGUUUUAUAUAGUGUUAACACAAAUGAUUAAUUUGGAAUAAAUACUGCAUUAUUAUUCUUUUAAUGCAAUUAAUUAUGCCACCAAGUUUGACCCCAGCUUCUGCCAUAAUCUUCCACGCCCCCACCCAACAUGCAGAUUUUUUUUCUGAAGCUAUCCGCUUGUGGUGGGAACAUGAUCUGGCCUCGAUCUGAUCCAGAGAGAGAGAAUGAGUGAGAAUGAGCAUCAGGUGCAUCUGUCAAAUUCUCAAACAGCAGAAUGCGUAUAUCUGCUAUGUUGAGCUACAAGUAGUAAGUGUGUGUACUAAACAUAAAUAUAAACUCUUAUAAAUGUCAGAAAAAAUAAAACUAAAAGUAACUAAUAUUUGUUAAGUACAUUUUUUAGUAUAUUUAAUUUGUUUAGAUACUAUGCAAUUUGCUUUUUCUUUCGUUUUUAUAGGAUGGUGAUGUAACAUAUGUAAGCAGUAUUAAAAUAGUUGAUGCACUGUCAAAAUAAUUUAUUGAUAUAAAGUGUGGCUUAAGCUUUAGUGGUUCCUGUAGGCUCUGGGCGAGGUGGUUUGAAAGGGGUGGGGGGUGGGGGGGUGGAGGUUUGGUGUGAUGAUAUGUUGCGGGGUCCAUUUAUCUUGGGACCCCCAAAUGCCUUGAAGCAGCUGGAACACUGAUACCAUUUAUUGCAUUAUUUUGUUAUUAUUAUCUUCACUAAGGAAUAUUACUGCUUUCAAUUAAUAAGAAAAAAUAUAUAAGGACUAAUGCUUUAAAAAAAAGUAGCCUGUGGAAAAAGAUAAAAUCCAGGAACUAUUUUAUUUGAAAGUUACUGCUGUUAAAAAAACUUUCCUUUCUUUUCCUCUAUUUUAUUACAGAGUAUUUGAAUAAAUGCACAGAAAGGACGAUUUUUACAUUUUCCUGACUUUUUACACAUGUUGAAAAUAAACAUACAGAUUUGUUAAGCAAAAAUCUCUUCAAAAUUAACAAAAAGAAAACUUCUAUGGCCUUGUUUCUACACAAAAGCAAUGCUAAGUGAUAUUGUCAGCAGCACUUAGUGCAUAGUAGUUACUCAGAGAAUCCACCUCAGAAAAUUACCUUUAACUGUGCACCUAAAAAAAAAUCACAACCCAAAUCUGCUUGAGUUUAAAUCUGGUUUGUAAUUUCUCCAUAUUAGCUCCAUAUUAACUGUGCACUCAUUAAAGGGUUAAAGUUUGGUCCCCCCCAUUUUUCUCAUUGUCUGUUGUUUUCUUCUGCAUCAGUGAUCUGCACUUUCCAUGGACUGCAAACUUGGAUAAUCCCUGAGUGUGCAGGGAUUUUAUGUAGGUCACACAACAACAGCGUUAACCAUUCAAACCCCACAGCCACCAGUAACUACAGAGCAUUACAAUCAAAAUUAACAUCAAUUUUUAUAGGCCUUAACAUAGAACCUUGAGGUGCUCCACAGGAUAUGCUAAGUGCAGGUGUUACUGACUGAUUCACAGCAGUUUCUGCAGGAGUAUUAAUUACUGAGUAAUAAACCUAGGAUUUGAGUGGUUAGCAGUAGAGUAAGGACGUUGUAGCAUCUUGCAAAUCUAGGCGUUUGUGUUUGCUGCUACAAGUUUUGAAUUCAGUAAAUGUGAAUGUUCAUGUUGUUAAUUUAACACAGCUGCAUAAACUCAGCUGAACUUUUUUUUUCCCCACUGAAUGAAGAUCAAGUUGGCAGCCGUUGAAGCUGGGAUUGUGAAAUAGCUGUCUGCAGGCCAGAGCAAGUUUUCUUUGGCCUGAACUCUCCCAAAAGGUUUUGUUGUUCAUAUAAACCAAUGAGCACUGUUGUGGAGUCAACUAAGGACAAGCUUUCUGUCUAAUCUGACAGGAAAUAAAAAAACUGUUUUUGGUGCAAUCAAGACUAUUAG